CGUAGAGAAGACAGAGGUGAUGAACAUGCCCAAGCAACAACAGCAACAACAACAAGCACCGAUAACCAUUAACGGGAGAAACCUAAAGGAAGUAGUCUCUUUCACCUAGCCAGGUAAGGCAGCAUUGUUUCAACUACAGGAUGCACAGCCACAGAUGUGGAUGUCGAAGUCAGGAUGGGAAAGGCAGCAAGAUGGGCUUUCACUAAUCGGAAAUCAGUGUGCAGAUCUACUGCAGUCAGCAUAAAGCGUGAACAAGAUCCAGAUUUUCAACACCAACGUCAGUCAAGUCAGUUCUGCUUUAUGGUUAAAAAACUUGGUGCAUUACGAAAAGCAUUCCUAACAAACUACAGACAUUCAUCAAUAGCUGCCUACGCUGGCAUGUUACUGAAGCUCAGAUGGCCGGAAAGAAUAAGCAACAAGGAACUCUGGCUGGCUGGCAACGAUCAACCAAGAACCUAUCACUUAACUAAUAUGCAGUAGAAGGAAGUGGAGAUGGAUUGGGCAU